AUGUGGCCUGCGCAACAAAUAAUGGCGGCAGAUUCGGGUAUGGAGACGUGUACGUCCCCUGAAAUUACAGAUUCAAGAAAAAGACCGCUGGACGGAGACAUAGAAAAUGGUGGAACUAAACGAUCACACUAUGGCGGAGUAACAUAUAUUUUAUGUGAAAGUAAAUUUUUAUUUUUAUUUUUAGGAGGAGAUGGGAUAGUUUAUCAUUUAAAAAUAUUGGUGCCCUGUAUAGCAGCUGGAGCCAUAAUUGGCAAAGGAGGAGAAACUAUAGCUCAACUGCAAAAAGAUACAGGUGCACGAAUGAAGAUGUCUAAAGCUAAUGAUUUUUAUCCAUGCACAACUGAACGAGUAUGUCUGGUAACUGGAUCAGUGGAAGCAAUAAUGGCGGUUAUGUCUUUUAUUAUGGAUAAAAUUAAAGAAAAACCAGAUCUUACUUCGAAAGCAAUCAAUACUUCUGACACCGAGUCCAAAUUGUCAGCUGAUAGAAGUAAACAGGUGAAAAUAUUAAUUCCAAAUAGUACAGCAGGUAUGAUUAUAGGCAAAGGAGGAAAUUAUAUAAAACAGAUGAAAGAGGAAAGUGGAUCUUACAUUCAAUUGUCACAGAAAUCAAAUGAUGCAUCACUCCAACUUCAGGAAAGAUGUGUUACUAUUAUAGGUGAAAUGGAAAAUAAUAAAAAAGCUAUAUUAAAGUUAUUAGCUAAAGUUGUGGAAGAUCCUCAGAGUGGUAGUUGUUUAAACGUUAGUUAUGCGGAUAUACCUGGUCCUGUUGCCAACUUUAAUCCUACUGGUUCUCCGUACGCUAAUCCAGCCUCUCCCGGUUAUUCAACUGCUAGUCUUUCUUCAGCUGUGGCUCCAAUGUUAGUUAACGGCGCGGGAUUAACUUUUUUCCUGAAUUUCACAUCACCAGUUACAACGGGUAACCAUACAUUAACCACACAAUUAAUGGAAAGCGUCAAA